ACGUUAUUACGUAAGCUGUCAGCGUCUAUUGCGCCAUGCUCCUCCUCUAACCGGCGUUUUGUUCUGGAAGCUUCAGGCGCUGUGUUUCCCCUGCGCCUUGUAGUAUCUUCUGUCAUCCUCUAUCCUCCGACCACCCAACCACGGCUGACAUCUUCCGUAGGGGACUACUCAAGUUCAACUAAACAAAAUGCCGGAUAUUUCCGCACCCAAAGUAUCAGCGGCGGCGCCAGGUGGGGGACGAUCAGGAGGUGUCGGGAACGCCAGCAACAAGAUUAAGGGCGCUUACCAGGAUCGGGAUAAACCAGCACAAAUCCGAUUUAGUAAUAUUUCUGCUGGCAAAGCUGUUGCUGAUGCAGUUAGAACGAGCCUUGGACCUAAGGGCAUGGAUAAAAUGAUCCAAGACGGCAGGGAUGUAACAAUUACAAAUGAUGGUGCUACCAUUUUGAAACAAAUGCAGGUUCUGCACCAGCAAGCAAAGCAAUUAGUUGAACUUUCUAAAGCUCAAGACAUUGAAGCAGGAGAUGGAACUACAUCUGUUGUGGUUAUUGCUGGAGCCCUUUUGGAUGCUUGUUCCAAGCUCCUACAGAAAGGUAUUCAUCCCACUACCAUUUCUGAGUCAUUCCAGUUGGCUGUGGAAAAAGGAGUAGAAAUUUUAAACAAUAUGGCACAGCCUGUUGAACUAAGUGACCACGAAACACUACUAAACAGUGCAUCAACAUCACUGAACUCAAAAGUUGUGUCUCAGUAUUCUACUUUACUAGCCCCAAUGAGUGUUGAAGCUGUAAUGAAAGUGAUUGAUCCAUUGACUGCUACCGGGGUUGAUCUCAGAGACAUAAAAAUUGUAAAGAAACUUGGUGGAACCAUUGAUGAUUGUGAAUUGGUUGAUGGCCUUUACUUACUCAGAAAGUUGAAAAAUACUGGAGUAACUAGAGUUGAAAAAGCAAAGAUUGGUCUAAUACAGUUUUGCUUGUCUGCUCCAAAAACAGAUAUGGACAAUCAGAUUGUUGUUUCAGACUAUGCUCAGAUGGACAGAGUUUUGCGUGAGGAACGAGCCUACAUCCUUAACCUUGUAAAACAGAUCAAGAAGUCUGGCUGUAAUGUUCUUCUUAUUCAGAAAUCUAUUUUAAGGGAUGCCCUUAGUGACCUGGCUUUACAUUUCCUGAACAAGAUGAAAAUAAUGGUGAUUAAAGAUAUUGAAAGAGAAGACAUUGAGUUUGUUUGCAAGACUAUUGGCACAAAACCUAUUGCUCACAUAGACCAGUUUACUCCGGACAUGCUGGCAUCUGCAGAAAUGGCUGAAGAAGUUAGCCUGAAUGGGUCUGGAAAACUUGUAAAGAUUACAGGUUGUGCAAACCCUGGAAAAACGGUUACUAUUGUUGUUCGUGGCUCAAAUAAAUUGGUGAUUGAAGAAGCUGAGCGCUCUAUUCAUGAUGCUCUUUGUGUGAUUCGCUGCUUAGUAAAGAAAAGGGCUCUGAUUGCUGGAGGAGGUGCCCCUGAGAUUGAAUUAUCCCUGCGAUUGAACGAAUAUGCUAGAACUUUAAGUGGCAUGGAAUCCUACUGUAUUCGAGCUUUUGCUGAUGCUUUGGAAGUUAUUCCCUCCACGCUAGCUGAAAAUGCAGGCCUGCACCCCAUAUCUACUGUAACAGAGCUGAGAAAUAGACAUGCGCUGGGUGAAAAAACAGCUGGUAUUAACAUACGGAAGGGUGGCAUUUCUAAUAUUUUGGAAGAGCUUGUUGUUCAGCCGUUGUUAGUGUCUAUCUGCUCUCUAACAUUGGCCACAGAGACCGUGCGCAGUAUUCUGAAGAUUGAUGAUGUGGUCAACACACGAUCCUAAGUGAAGAUGUGAGAAAUAUAAAUUCUUAUUUCAUUUCAACACUUGUGGCAACAUCUGUAAGCAACUCAAAGCUGGCGGUCAAUGAAGUGUUCUGUCUAUACUGUUGUCAGCACUUAAUUUAAUAAAAUUGUUACGUUACGUUUUGCAGUCA